AUGGACUCUAAAGAUAUACAGCAAGAUUCUGCAAAAGCAGAAUCUGAUUUGACUCAUCUCAAGUCAACUGAGCAGGAAAUAUUGUCGGAGGAUACGGCCAUCAAUUUGGAGCCCUCAGAGACGUCAAAGAAAUUAAUUGAAGAUCUGCAACCACAGGAAAAUUCCGAUCCCAAUUCAGUCCAAGCAAGACCAUACAAGACUAGAAAUCGUAUCCCGGCAUCUUGUUCUGUUUGUAGGAAGAGGAAAAGUCGAUGCGAUCGUCGACGACCUGUUUGUGGCUCUUGUAUUAAAAGAUCUAUAGCUCAUCUAUGUUAUUAUGAGUCUCCUGAUAGAUCUUUGAGCACUCCUAAUUACUAUGCUGCAAAUCCUUAUACUGACUAUGCAAACCAAUAUCAGCCUCAGCCUCAGCCUCAGCCUCAGCCUCAACCUCAGCCACUGCUGCAACAGCCACUCGGCUUGCAUCCCCAGCUAAAUCAUCAAACACAAUUACCAGGACCGCCAAAACCACUGCCACAAGCUCCAAUACAAGCUCCACUACAAGCUCCAAUAGCUCAUCAACAAGGCCCAUCUAAUCCUCCCCCACCUCCAUUAUCACAAAAUCAUCAUAUUGAGCAUAAUGGGACAAUAAUGCAGCAUCCACAAUUACCGCCUCAACCUUUUAGCCAAAUUCCACAAUCGCCUUUCUCAUCAGAUCCAAUUAAUCAUUUGCCCCCAUAUCCAUAUCUGCAUCAACUGCCAUCUGCAUUUUAUCCGCAAUCUAUGACACAAAGCCCUACUUAUGCUACCCACCCAAUACCGCCUCCAUUACCUAUACCUCCACAACAGCAACAGGAAGUACAACAGCAACAACAACAACAACAACAACAACAACAACAACAACAGCAGCAGCAGCAGCAGUUACACGAACAACAACUAAAUACUAACGGGAAUGGCUCUCAUAAAAUUAACCCACCUCAAUUACCAAUUCCUACUCCUCAAUCACCAGCUCGCAAUUCAUCAGAAGGAAAAUUGAAUACUAAUAGUCCCGCGAAACCAAGUAGUAAUUCAGGAUCACUAAAAUCUAGAAACCAUCAGCAUACUAAUUCUACUUCCGGCUUUCCAUUACCCCAACCACCUUCAGGACCAUCAAAUUCAAAUACGUCUCAAAACCAAAGCCAAGGCCAAUUACAUCAAAUCCUACCCAAAAUGAUCCCAUCACCGCUUGCAAACUUUACGUAUCAUCAAUCUUCACCUUUAGGUUCCAGCGGAGAUAACUAUGCGUCCCCGCCAAUAACAAGAUUGAAAUCGAUAAUUUCGGAUACUUUUGUAUCUCCAACAUCAGGGAUGCCUCGCCCUCCAGCCGUAUCUAUUUCAAGUCCAGCUUCUUACUCGAUGGGAAAAACACCAACUUCAGCAAAUGAGUCUCCUGGUUCAUCUACUGUAAGAGGAGACCCGUCGUUUUCGUCAAAUGCAUUGGUAUCGAUUCCAUUAGGGCCCAAUUCAUCAUUACAAGUCAGUCCCGAUGAUAGAAUCAAUGUCUUUGCAAAUGCCAGUAACGCAAUCAGCAUUGAAGGGUAUUCAAUGCAGGUUCAAGGAGUAUUAUCCUAUGUCGGGUUGACUAAAUGUGAUCCAUUCAUUACAAUAUUGCGCAAUUUCACCGUGCAUUUAUUUCGACAUGGUGAAAUGACUAGAUUUUUGACUAAUGAUAUGACUAAGAGAAGAAGGAGUUCAAAUGCCAGCUCGUCAAUAAGAUCUUCAAAAAAUUCGGAUUCUUGUGCAAUGUCGCCGUUUGCUAAGAAACAAAAGACACAUGGAUUCAGUAUAAGUGAAGCUGCAACUCCCGGAUUGAGUGUUUCUAACGAAUCAAGAAUUAGCAAUGAUCAAAAUGGACAACAGUUUAAACAAGCGUCGAUAAAUGAUUUGAAGAAACAACCGUUGAAUGCAUUUAAUGUUGCCUCUCCGCUUGACGAUUUUUCGCCAGUAGCAGCACAUCCAGCACACUCAGCACCAGAUACAUCUCUGAAUAAAGAUGCCAAGAUUCCGUCGAUUAUGCCAUCAUUGGAAAUGUUCUAUAGUGGGAAACAGGGUAAAAGGGACUACUAUUCAUUGGUUGAAAAAGUAGUUGUUGAAUUACUACCUGAUCAAUUCAAUUCAUUUCAACUAUUUUGUCGAUAUUUCAAGUACGUUCAUCCUUUUAUACCUAUUAUCGAUGAGAACAGCUUGAUUGUUGAAAUUAACCAUAUGUUUAAAAGUUUUCCUUCAUUUAUUCAUGAAAAAUGGACAAGUGUAAAGAUCAAAAAUGACAAUGAUUUAAGAACAUUGGGAAUUCUCCUUUUAAUAACUAAAUUAGGCUAUAUGAGUAUGAUUCACAAUGAUGAUAUUUAUAAUGACUACAACGAGGAAGAAAUGUCCAUGAUUGAAGAUGUGAAAAAAGUGCCAUCUCUGGAGUUCAUAAAAGUGAUAAAUCUAUGUGUUUCCGAUGGCUUAACUGGAGCAAAAUCAUCAUUUAAAUUGGUUCAGUUGUUGACAUUGUACUAUUUUUACAAAGAGAAUGCUCAUGACGAUGGACAUGGCAUAUGUGGAGCAGACUCUCAAACAUUAUUAGGAAUUACAAUGAGGCAUGCUUUGCUGAUAGGGUUGAAUCGUGAUCCUACUUCAUACAUUGGCCAUGAAGCCAUUAUCAAGAACUCUUCCUUGAUUAAGUCCUGGAGGUAUCUUUGGCAUUAUUUGAGUUGUACUGAUGCUGUAAGUGCGAUACAUAAUGGAACUAAUUUGAAUUUAAUGAGUUUGGAAGUAAGCGAUGUUCAAGCGCCAUAUGAGUCCAAGGACAAAACUGGUCAGUUGAAUGAGAUGAUAAAGAAGAUCAUUAUGAUUUGUAAGAUCUAUCGACAAUUGUGUAUUAAAAUCAGCAACAUCAAUGAAAAACCAAGGGUUGUUGAUAUUUUAGCUGAUACCAACUAUUUGGAAAAGAUAUUCUUUGAGUUCUUUGGUAAGGACUUCUUCAAAACUGUUAUUUGUAAACCGGCUAAAGUAGGUGCAAACGAGCAGGAAUUGGAGAUCAAUAGUGUUGAGCAUGAAGAGAAUUACAUCAAGGUACUAAAGUAUUGUUUGUUUAUUCAGUUGAGGACUAAUCUUUCUGGAAUGUAUUAUAUGAUUGCUAUUCAUUACGAAAAUGAGUAUAACGCAUCACGAACGCCCUCGAUGAAUGCAGGGAUUGAAUUGUUCAAGAUAUAUAUCAAGAGUGUUGUUCAGUUGGUUUAUAUUAUGUCCUACGUAUUGGAAAAUUCGGUUGAGUUAUUUGGCAAGAAUUACGAUUACAUUUUGACCUCGUCCAAUGAGCGCCAUAUGAUCAAAACGCAUUCUUUUUUAACUUCGUUUUUUGUCAGGUUAUUGGACCAAAAGAAGGACUUGUCGUUUAAGGUUUUUAAAGAACCAAGCUAUAUACCCAGACUAGAAGUCAUUGAUACGUUAUUUACGGUUGUGCUUAUUGAAGCAGAGCUAUUUGUUGGAAAUUUCAAGAAAUUAUCACGAACUUAUAUCAACAGUUAUCGAAUUCAUAUCAUGACGUACGUCAUUCUUCGACAGUGUGCCGAGAACCCCGAUGUGUUUUUUGAAAAAGCAGUUAAUGACCAGCUGUUUUUCCAUCAGGGGACUAACAUGAUUGAGUUUUUCACGGUGGCAGAAUUGCAACAUCUUUGUCGAUUAUGUAGGGAGUUCCGCAAUGCUAAAGAUGAGCAAAGGAGAUUGAAACGAGAAAGAUUAAAAGCAAAGGGGAUCCAUAUUGAUGAUGAUGAUGGCCAAGAGAACAAGGAGGAAGGAGAGAAGGAGAAGGGGGAUGGAGAGAAUAAAGAGGAAACUGACGACGAUGACGAUGGCAUGGAGAAUGUAUUUGCCACUAACCCUAGUGACUUGGACUUGGAAAGAUUUAGAGAUGAAUCAUUGGCAUUUUUAGGUGUUUCUCCUAAUAGCAAUGGAGUCAAAGGUGGUGGAGGAGGAGGUGGUGGUUCAGGCAUGUCAUUUUUUGAAGGUAGAUGUAAAGUGUUUAAUAACUUGAAUAAUCUCGAAGAUGAUGUAUUGGAUCCUGUUGCAUGUACCGAUGAUUUGAUCAAGUUGUUUAAUAUAUAUGGUGAUUUCGACCAUGACUUGUUUCAAGCUGCAUCUUCAAGACAAUAA